AUGGACGAUACUAAUGUGAUGGGAGGCUUUCGCUUUGUCCAGUCGAUCCUCUCCGUCAUCGCCAUGACCUGCGGCCUUCCCCUCCAUGCCCAGCACAAUUCCCAGCUGUUGUCCUCCAAGACUCCGCCUGUCGACCAGCACCGCAACAUGGCCCGGCUCAUCCCUCCCCAGCUUGCCUCGCAGUACACGUCAUGGCUGCAGGUCAUCUAUAAGCCGUCAACUUGCGUCAUGACGAGCGAUCAGACCAUCUCCUACGUCAAGCGGUACAUCCUCGGGGCCAGGUUCCGCCUAGAGAACAACAGGAGCAGAGAAGCAGGAGGGGGGAGCGCAGACAGCGAUAAGGGCAAGGCGAACCAUGGCCCGCGGGUUGAUAGCAAGAAGGCCAGGGACCUCGUGCGGGCCUGCAUGAACGACACCGUUGUGCUGUAUGAGGACCACGACGUCGACGGAACCGACAUAGCUCAAGGUCUGGUUCCCUUCAGUUGUGCCUCAAGGAAUGCUGGCUGA